UAGGUUAGGUUAGGGGGUAGUAGUAAAAUUGACAUCGAAUUUUACGCAGACGAAGUCGCGGGCGUCCGCUAGUACUAUAAUAAAAGAGUAGAAAUCGCGUGUCUGUACUUUGCCCAAAUUUAACUAAAAUCAAGUUAGGGCGAUUAGAAAUGAGCAAUAGAAUACAAAAAUAUUUUUUUUAAUUUUCUUGUCUGUCUGUCUGUCUGUCUGUCCUUCUGUCUGUAUGUUCGCGCUAUUCUCUGGUUCUACUGAACGGAUUUUGAUGCGGUUUUUACAGUAAGAUUAAGCAAAGUCCAGGGCAACAUAUAGGCUUUGUUUCAUUAAGAUCAGUUUAAUAGAAAAAAAGUUAUCUUAAAAAAACUGAAUUGCUCAAAAUGAUUCGCAGGCGUUAGCAGAAUUAACAUUAUAACACUGUAAUAUCGAUAUUAAAGCCUAGAACACACAAUACCACAUGAUAAAUUGUAUAGUCCAAUAUGACAUUUUUAACUUUUGUGUAUCUGUCCGCGUACAACACCGAAAGUACUAAACAUAUAAAAAUUAAACUUUCAUGAUUUAAAUUGUUUUAUUUUUAUUUUUAUUGGUAACGGUUAUUUUUUAUAUACUUAGUCAAACACUGUUUUAGCCCAUCAACCUCCAUUAGGGCAGCGUGGUGGAUCAAAGUUCUCAAUUACCUAUCCAAAAAAGCCUGACCUGGCAUAUAGUGGCCUAUGAAGACAAAAUUAUUUGUUUUUAUUGUAGGAUGUAUUUAUAUCUAAAAAAUUUCAGUUUCAUUUAGUAUUUAUCAGAUUUUACGUACAUAUAAUAUUUUUUUUAUAAAACUAACUUUUCUAAUUGAGAUAAGGCGAUAAAAUGUAAUAGCUGCAGUACAUAAAAAAAGGAAUUUUUCAAGUGACGUAAAUUUCAUUGCUCAGCUUUUUCAAAGGCUCACUAGAUGGCGCUACAUGUAUUCCAAAUCGCGGCAUGAUUUUGUUUCUUCAGAUGUAUAAAGUCACGAAUAUUUACAAACCUGGUUUUGAUAGUUUGUUGGUUGACUUGCACUGUUAUUAACAUCUUAUCUUAAAUCAUAAUAAAAAAAAAACAAAAAGACUUGGCUUUUAAAUACGGAAAAACUGAUUUAGCUUCUGAUUUGGAUUUUGGAAUAUAUCAAUAUAGGAAAUAGGAAAUAGGAAUAUUGUUGGUACUUGGUAGUUGAUAAUAAUAAUUGAUCAUUUGACUUAGUUGGGUAAACGGUAUUGUUGAUUUUGCUUUUGAAUUCGGAUAGUGAUUUACUUUUGUUUGGUAUUAGAUGAAUAAUAAAUUUAAAUUGAUUAGCUACUGAAUUUUUGAUUACUUUUGGUUACGAUUUUGGGAUUAAUUCUUGGUGUUUGUCUAGGUAGAACGGAAUUACUGGUUUUGUUUUAAGUUAGGAAAUAGGAUUAUUGCUUAAUUGAGAUAAUUAGAAAUAAGUAUUAUAUUAAAAACGAAAGUAGGUCUACUUGACUUAUAAAUACGGACAUACUGAUUUUGCUUCUGAUUUGGAAUUUAGGAAUAUUAUUGGUUAUUAAUUGAUAUUAAAUCAUUUGGUUUAGCUGGAUAAACGGAAUUGUUGAUUUUGCUUUUACAUUAAGAUAGUGUUACAUUCAUUUUGUUUGGUGUUAGAUAAAUAAUAAAUUUAAAUUGACGGAAUUUCGGAUUACUUUUGGUUAGGAUUUUAGGAUUAAUUCUAGGUAUUUGUUAUCAUUUGGCCAGGUAGAACAGAAUUACUGAUUUUGCUUUUAGUUAGGAAAUACGAUUAUUGCUUAAUUUAAAUAAUUAGAAGUAGGUAUUAAAUUGUACUGAGGAAAAUGACAAAACCACGAAAACGAUCAAAUCUUUCUCAAUACACUAGAAAUGCUAAAAGAAUGAAGAGAGCUAGAACACAAGAAUCUGAAACCGAAAGACAGGCACGACUUAGCGCCAAUCGAGAACGCAUUAUAAUGUCUCGCGCUUCGGAGUCUUCGUUAGAAACCGAUUUUCGACUGAGUGCUGAUUCUGAGCGCCAUAGAUUAAUGCGUGCAUCACAGACUCCUCUUGAAAGGGAAACCCGAUUGACUGCUGAUCACGAGCGCCGUAUCUUGUCUCUUGCUUCUGAAACAUAUACUGAACGGGAUUCUCGACUGACCGCUGAUCGUGAGCGUCAUACAUUGUCUCGAGCCUCGGAGACGUAUACUGAACGCGAUUCUCGAUUGACAGCUGACCGUGAGCAUCAUACAUUGUCUCGCGCCUCGGAAACGUAUACUGAACGCGAUUCUCGAUUGACAGCUGACCGUGAGCGUCAUAUGUUGUCUCGUGCCUCGGAGACGUAUACUGAACACAAUUCUCGAUUGACGGUUGACCGUGAUCGUCAUACAUUGGCUCGCGCCUCGGAGACGUAUACUGAACGAGAAUCUCGAUUGACGACUGAUCGUGAGCGUCAUACAUUGUGUCGCGCCUCUGAAACAUUUACACAGUAUGAGGAACGCCUAAGUAAUGAUCGAAUUCAUCACAGUAUUGCUAGAGCUUUGGAAAAUAAUGACCAACACCUACAGCGAUUAGAAGUGACUAGAGAUAAUUAUGACCUUAUGCAACAAAACCGUGACAAUUUUCUAGCAAGUGAGAGAGAGAGAUUACAUGAGUCGCGGCAAGUAGAAUCAGAAGAAAGACGUCUAGCUCGCUUAAAUGCUGAUGGUCUAUGGCACACGCUUAAUAGAAUGUCAGUUUCGUCUGAAGACUCAGACGAGUCCCAAGAAAUAUUAGUCGAAUAUAACGUACUUCCUUGGGUUAAUAAAGAAAAAAGUGCAUUUACGUACACGCCACUUAUUAAUUACACACCAUAUGCUUUGAUCGGGGGAAUGAUUGUAUCUUGUCCUUUUUGUAAUGCUGUCAAGUGGCAAAAUGAAACUAGCGGAAUGUGUUGCUCAAAUGGAAAAGUACAUAUUGAAAUUUUGGAAAACACUCCUGAUUUAUUAAAAGCUUUACUAAAUGGUGAUCACCCAGAAUCUAAACACUUUUUGGACAAUAUUCGUGCCUAUAAUGACAUCUUUUGGUGCGAAAGUAAUAACAGAAGGAUCGUUUAUGCCGACAUUCAAAAUUCAAGGUCAGGUAUAUCACCUAAUUGGUUCAUUGCUGCCUGAAAGUGAACCAAAAUUUCUUCAAAUUUAUUUCAUAUCUGAUUAUCAAGAGCAAGCGCGUAUUAGAAAUCAAAACUUUCCACAAUUAAAUGGUUUAUUAAUCACUUUGCUUCAAAAUAUGUUGCAUCGAAUAAACCCAUACGUGCACAGUUUCAAAACAGCGUUAGAGUCUAUUCCACAAGGACAUGGCGAUGAAUAUAAAUUUGUCAUUAACGCAGAUAAACGUCAUACCACUGAACAUAGUGGCAGGUAUAAUGCACCUGUUGUAAAUGAAGUUGCUGCUGUUUUGGUGGACCAAGAAUGUGAGCGUCGUGAUAUAGUUCUUCGCUCCCGAGACGACCGCCUACAACGCAUUAGCGAAACACACCGGUCUUACGAUGCGCUACAAUACCCAAUUAUUUAUUGCCAUGGUAAAGAUGGGUACAACUUUAAUUUCUACCAAGUUAACCCUACUACAAGAGCACCUAACUUAAGUAAAAAAGUAUCAGCCCAACAGUUUUACGCUUUCCUUCUUCAAAUAAGACGUAAUAAUUUUAUAUACUUGCAAAGAUUUCGUGGAUUGUUUAGUCAGUAUAUGGUAGAUAUGUACGCCAAAAUUGAAACCGAACGAUUAGUGUACAUACGUACCAAUCAAAGACGCUUACGCGCUGAAGAGUAUGUGCACUUGAGGGACGCUAUGCAACAAGACGCGGACUCGGAAAAUUUUGGCCGAUUGGUAAUUCUUCCUUCUAGCUUCACUGGUGGGCCACGGUAUAUGCAUGAGCGUACGCAAGAUGCUUUUUGCUAUGUCCGUAAGUAUGGCCGGCCUGAUCUUUUCAUUACUUUUACAACAAAUCCAAAGUGGGACGAAAUCACACAGGAAUUAUUGACCGGUCAAGCAUCUUUUGACCGGCAUGACGUAGUCGCAAGAGUCUUUCAUUUAAAAUUAAAAUUAUUAAUCAAUCUGCUCACAAAGGAAAAAGUUUUUGGGUCGACAUGUAUAGUGUGGAAUGGCAAAAACGAGGACUUCCACACGCACAUAUUUUACUUUGGCUACAAGAUAAAAUACGGCCCAAUGAUGUUGACCAGCUGAUAAGUGCUGAAUUUCCUAAUCCCGACGAAGACAGCAUUCUUUUCGAUAUAAUUAAAACGCAUAUGGUACAUGGCCCAUGUGGUACUAUAAAUAGGAGCUCUCCGUGCAUGAAAAAUGACCGGUGCACCAAAAGAUAUCCUCGACCACUGACAGAGCAGACAGUAACAGGUGAGAACGGAUAUCCUUUAUAUCGACGUCGAUCACCACAAAAGGGUGGAUUUACUGCAGAUAUUAGAGUCCAUAGAGAACAGAUUACAGUUAAUAAUAGUUGGGUUGUUCCCUACUCGCCCUUACUCUCUAAAACGUUUGGUGCUCACAUUAACGUUGAAAUGUGCAAUAGUGUGGAGGCCAUCAAGUAUAUAUGCAAAUAUAUUAAUAAGGGAAGUGACCAAGCCACAUUUGCUCUUCGGGGAACAGACCGUGACGAAGUUACUAGGUACCAAACCGGACGCUAUAUUAGUACUUCCGAAGCAAUAUGGCGAAUACUAGGAUUCGUUAUACAUGAACGUCAUCCUACAGUGAUGCACCUCGAUGUUCAUCUUGAAAAUGGCCAGCGUAUAUACUUCGACCCUAGAAAUUUAAGAGAUCGUGUUGAAAAUCCUAGACAAACCACACUUUUGGCAUUUUUUAAAUUAUGCCAAGAAGACGAGUUUGCCAAAACUUUAACUUACAAUGAUGUACCAACUUACUACACAUUUAAUAAACAAAGAGGCGUGUUUAAUCGUCGGCUACGUGGACAACCGUUGGAGGGAUAUCCGGGAAUUUUUAGAGACGCUGCUUUAGGGCGAGUAUAUACAGUUCACCCCCAAAACGGUGAAUGCUAUUAUUUGCGCCUGUUGCUACAUAGUAUUCGAGGCCCCACUUCUUUUAACUUUUUGAAAACGGUUGAUGGCGUAAAAUAUCCAACAUUUCAAUCCGCGUGUAAGGCACUUAACCUGCUUGAAGGCGAUCAGCAUUGGCAUGACACCCUUGAGGAAGCCUGCGUCAGCAAUAGUCCUAAUCGAUUGCGUCAUUUGUUUGCAGUAAUGUUAGUUUUUUGUAGUCUAUCAGAUCCGUUAAUUUUAUGGGAAAAGUACAAGUUUCAUUUUUCGGAAGAUUUUUUACAAUCUUUAAGGCGUAACACGGACCAACAAAUUUCUCCAACGGAUGAAAGAGUAAUUAAUAGUUUGCUUUCAUCACUCCAAGACAUCGUCUAUUCUAUUGGAGGCAAUUCUUUAAAUGACUAUGGACUUCCAAUUCCCCAAGCGCUGUCUGAUCAACCUCCCAUUAUCCGCGAAUACAGCUCAGAGACGAACUAUAAUUCUACUGAGCUGUAUAUCGCAGUUAACGAGUAUUUAUUAAAUUUCACAGUUCACACCGGAACAAAGAAAGAUAUUUGACUCAGUAGUACGAAGUGUGCUUAAUAAUGAAGGCAAGUUAUUUUUCGUAGAUGCCCCUGGUGGCACUGGGAAGACCUACUUAACGAGAGCAAUUCUUGCUGAAAUUAGGCGACAAGGUAAGAUUGCUUUGGCAGUAGCGUCUUCAGGUAUCGCAGCCACGUUACUCCCUGGUGGUAAAACUGCCCACACAAUGUUCAAAAUUCCAAUCGAUUUAGAUAGUAACGAAUCACCUACAUGUUCGGUUACACGUAACAGUGACAAAGCAAAACUGUUUGACGAUUGUUGCUUAAUCGUUUGGGAUGAGUGCACCAUGGCGAACAAAAAAGCCGUCGAGGCAGUGGAUAGAACUUUUCGGGAUAUUCGCCGUGAUGAAAGGCCAAUGGGAAACGUUACAUUACUCUUCUCAGGGGACUUCCGGCAAACUCUACCUGUCAUAACUCGGGGGACCAGAACUAAUGAGAUUAACGCUUCAUUGAAGCAUUCCUAUCUAUGGUCUCGAAUACAAAAGCUACAAUUGACAAUUAACAUGCGGGCACAACUGGGCGGAUGUUCACAUGCCCAAGAAUUUUCGAGCACUUUGUUAAAAAUUGGAGAAGGCGAUCUACCUGAGGAAAAUGGUCAUGUCACUAUUCCGGAAGCACUUGGCAGAGUCGUUUUUUCCGAAGAAGUA